ACGACGAGAACGACAUAAAAAUGCAUCUUUGCGCCGAUAAAAUAUCGAAAUGGUGUAUUGGGUUUUUGCUAUAUGGAGAAAACCGAAAUCCUCGCUUUUAUAUAUCAGGAUUGUGUGCGGAGAAGGUGCGCAUACAGGAAGCCAAACGCGUUCUCGGGGAUAUAUAUCGAAUCCAAAAAGGUGCAUAGCAGAAACGACGACGACGACGACGACGACAACGCGGUAUCGUUGCCACAGAAUUCGGAAAUCAAAGAAAGGAUUUUUGCGAAUCCAGUUGAAAUUUGUCGACAGUUUUCCUUCAGUGGAGAAUCUAAUAACUACUUGGAAGUAUCGACGAAGGAGUAGGCGAUAAGUCGAGAAGCAAGGAGAGAAUGAACUUCACAGAUAUCCGUUAAUUGGGUAUCGACUUGGACCAAGAGAGGCGGAAAAGACUGAUCGUGAGAUGCCCGCGUACUGUGAAAAAAAGGAAUCGGAAAUAAGAUUUCUCGUCCCUCAAGAGACAGAUUCGAUGAUCCGUUCAGUGACUACAAAAAAUCUUGGUCUCCUCGUUAGAUCCCUUGAGAUUAGCUCCUUUGUGCGGAUCGAUCAACCACAAACGCACCAUGCAGAGUGUAAUCUAGUCUAAUCAAGAUUCCUUCAUUAAGCAGUCUGUCUACAAGAUGAAUUGGUUUAGCAGAGUGUAUUAAUCUUUAUUCAUGCGAGAAUUUGGGUAUCAUCAACAAGAUGGUAAACCAAUUGAGGAAGAGGAGAACAUACGAUGACAUAAGGUCAAAUGGCAUUUAGGAGGAGGGUGUGUACAGCAAAGCAGGUUGUUCUGUAUGAUGAAGAACCGAUAGACUAGGGACCUAAUGGCCCUUAACAUGCCAGCCUUUGGUCCUGUCAACCAUAGUCUUCUUCAAGAACUCCUAAUCGUUCUUCUAUUGUCUCUGCCAGUAUUCGGAUUCGAAUUAGGACAAUGCAGCGCAGCAUUGGGUAUGGAGAACGGGGAGAUUUUGGACGAAGACAUCACGGCCAGUUCUAUGUACGAUCCCAGCCUUGGACCGAAACAUGCAAGAUUAAGACAAGAUAGAGGCGGUGGUGCCUGGUGUCCAAGAACAAUGGUGACAAGUGAGGGAAAGGAAUUUUUGGAAGUGAAUCUUCACAAUCCAAGGAUAAUAACGUCAAGUCGAACACAAGGGAGAUUUGGCAAUGGAAAAGGCGUCGAAUACACGGAAGAAUUCUUCAUCGAAUAUUGGCGACCCAGCUUCAACAAGUGGGUGCGCUGGAGGAAUCGUCAUAGCAUAGAGUUAUUAGUGGGUAAUAAUAAUGCGAAUGAAGAGAAGGAACAAAUUUUCUAUCCACCGAUAAUAGCGACAAAAAUCCGCUUUAUACCAUAUACAACUCACAUACGUACUGUGUGUAUGCGAGUGGAACUUUAUGGUUGCCCUUGGAACGAGGGACUAGUUUCGUACUCGAUGCCUCAAGGAAUUCAGAGAGGUUCGGAAGUCGACCUCACCGACAGAACAUACGAUGGUCAAGAAGACGCUGGCUACCUUUCUGGUGGUCUGGGUCAAUUGGUGGACGGGCAAAAAGGUCCGGAUAACUUUAGACUCGAUGUCAACGGUAAUGGGAAAGGAUACGAAUGGGUCGGUUGGAGAAAUGACACCUGGAAUGUGCUUGAAAAGCCUGUGGAAAUAACAUUUGAAUUUGAUUAUGUUAGAAACUUUACGUCAAUGCAUCUUCAUACGAAUAAUUUUUUCACUAAAGACGUUCAGGUUUUCUCGCAUGCAAAAGUGUAUUUGAGCGGGGAAGCUAGUCAAUUCACAGGUGAACCAGUUCAAUUUUCGUAUAUGCCUGAUUUAGUAUUGGAGCAAGCACGAGACGUUACCAUUAAACUACAUUCAAGGGCUGGUCGUUUCUUAAAAUUGCAACUUUACUUUGCAGCACGUUGGAUAAUGCUCAGCGAAGUCAUCUUUGAAUCUGUUAUUUUUGAAUGGAACAAUACAGAUGAUGAGGAAUUAAAAAACAAAAGCACAACUAUUUUAUCUACCGGAAGUCCUUAUCAAAAUAACGAGGGUCCACUACAAAGAGAUGAAGUGAAAGCAAUAUUCAAUAAAGACAACAACAAUAUUAAUUCUUUUCCAGAUAAAAGCAAGGAGCCUGAGUCUAAGCAAUUCAUCGGCUUAGUGAUCGGAAUAUUGACGACCGUCAUCGUUAUGUUACUCACUGCUAUUACCUUUAUCUUCUAUAGAAAUAGAAGACUGAAAGCAGCACUAACACCUCCGACCUUCUACGAUCAUCACGUUAAUCUCAAGGUUUCAGUGGAGGAGAGCGAGGACAAGGGACCAAUUUGCCCCCCGCUUCCACCUCAAUAUCGUCCCACUGCCUAUGGAAGUACCACCACUACCACUACUGCAAGCAACACCACCGUCGGUACCACCACAUCAACUACAACAACUCCACAGCUUCACAAAACUACCUCGGAGUAUACUGGAAUUACUGACGUACAACCAGUUAUUCCACUAUUUAACACGGCGAUAAAUCUUAAGAGACCAAUUCUCCCUGUUGAGGAAUAUUCAUCUAAUCCUCCACCUAUACCACCGCCACCUGAAAAAUAUUAUGCCAGCACGGAGAUAUGCAAGAGCCCACUACCACCUCUACCACCAUCGCCAAAUGCAAGUACACCAAUUGCCAUGAGUGUCAAGGCAUCGAGUAGCUUAAAUAGUUACAGUCCUGAGGACAUGCUAACAGAUGAGGAGGAUGAGGAUCCAAUUUUUGAUUUUCCUCGCGAAAAACUCAAUAUUGUUGAGAAUCUUGGAUCGGGAAAUUUUGGCGAUAUUCAUAUUUGUGAAGUUGACAGAUUUCCCGGUUCGGAGAAAAUUUUUCGACACACAAACAGUGAUCUUGUAAUUGUCAAAUCACUACGACCAGGAUCCUCGGAAUCUUUGAGGGUAGAAUUUCAGCAAGAGGCAAAAAGACUGGCACGACUCAUCGAUCGAAAUGUCGCACGACUACUCGGUGCCAGUCUAGAAAAUGAUCCAAUGUGUAUCGUAUUGGAAAACGGAGAAUACGGAGAUUUGAAUCAGUACCUGCAAAAUCACAUCGCCGAAACGUCAACAAUACACACUGCUAAAACUUUAAGCUUUGGUACACUGGUGUAUAUGGCUGUGCAAAUAGCUUCUGGUAUGAAGUAUCUCGAAGAAAUGGACUUUGUGCAUCGUGAUCUUGCAACGAGAAAUUGUCUAGUGAAUAGAGGUUACUUCAUAAAAAUCUCUGAUCUAGGAACAGGAAGAACGGCCUAUCUUGCCGAUUAUUUUAAAGUAGAAGGCCGACCUCCUCUUCCAAUUCGAUGGAUGGCUUGGGAAUCUAUGCUCAUGGGAAAAUACACGUGUAAAAGCGAUGUAUGGGCCUUUGCUGUCACGUUCUGGGAAAUACUUACUUUUGCGAGGGAGCAACCGUUCGAGGAAUAUCCGGAUAAUCGGAUAGUCGAGAACGCCACUUAUUUUUAUCAAGAAGAUCAGAAACGGAUAAUAUUGCCGCUACCAAAAAAUUGUCCAAAGGAAAUGUAUGAUUUAAUGUGCGAAUGUUGGCAGCGUAAUGACAUUAAUCGUCCAAGUUUUCGUGAAAUACAUCUUUUUUUACAGCGAAAAAAUUUGGGCUACAAAUUACCAAAUAAUGAUACUUGAUACAAGGAAUUAGAAGGUUGGAAUUUAAUCCGACUUUCAAUGAUCGGUGAGCUGAACGGUAAUUGGUGGACGACCAAGUAGAUAGUAAAAAAAAAAAAAAGAAAAAAAAAAUCGAACACUCAAGUAGGUGACGAUGAUGACGACUCGACAAUAACCAUUCUGCGAAUCGAUAUCCCCCCCUCCCUCACAUCCCUUCUGCAUUUGAUGUUCGAUAUAGAGACAUGUCGACUUUUCGGUGGUCGACAGUCACAGUUUGCUAUCUCUAUAUAAAAAAAAAAAAAGAAAAAAAAAUGCAAUCGAUAUGUCGUCGGUGCUAUAUAAAUUGAAAGAGAGUGACGGUGUUCUCGCAGUGUUGUGUGUUGAUUCUAUCACUCAGAUCUUUUACAAAACUGUUGUUGACUUUGCAGAAUCUAAUUAAUUAAAAAUGCGAUUGCCUGAAAAAAAAAAUGUAUGACGAAAAAAGUGCAUGAUAAAAUCGUAAUAUAAAUUUUAGUCACUGACUAAUGGAGCUCACGUGACGAAAUUUCAUCUUUCCCGAAAUUAUCAAUUUUUCACUAAUUAAAUAAUUCUUCAAUUAGAUUCAAUUAGAUUCAAUUAGAAUCAAUUAGAAAAAUUGUUUACAUCAAAUAAUCGCGAUUAUUAAAAAUCCCACCGCUGUCACCAAAAGAGAAAAAAAAAAAUUGUUUACAUUAAAUAAUCACGAUUAUUAAAAAUCCCACCGCUGUCACCAAAAGGAAAAAAAAAAAUUCACGACUUUUUUAAUAACAAAAAGCGAAAAAAUCGUAAACUUUUAUGAAAUGUGAGUAUGGGAUACAAAUGUUUUUUUUUUAAAUCUAAAAAAUGAUUUGCUGAUGGAAAAAAAAGAAUAUCUCUUUCAUUUGUCUUCUAUUACUAAUAUUCCAAUUACUAAUGGAAUGAUUUUCCAAUGCUGUGAUUUAAAUCUUUUUAUGCAUGUGACCAGAAAAAAAAAAUCGCCUCUAAAAAAAAAAAAAAAAAAAAUUGCGCGCUAGAUAUAAAAUGCAAUGCCACAGAACAGUGGUUUGCAAAACCAUCAUCCUGAAUAUGAUAUGAUAUUGUAUCCCUCGAUUUUUUUUUCUCUCACAUUCAUGAAUAAACUUUUUUUUUUUUUUUUAUUUCACCCAUAGAAAAUAAAAAUAGAAGAUUUAAUUUUGAAAAAAAAAAAAUUACAAUUUCGGGAAAGUGGGAAAAAAAAAUUCGUAAUUGGCGAAAUAGUAUUUUUUCUAUUUUUAUUAUACAAUUAUUUGAAAUAAAGUAAAUAACUAAAAUAAUUGAAUUAACAUUUGCAUUAGGAUUAUACAACACGAUUUACAAAUCGAAAUGUCCAUGGUUAUUUGGCCAAUAGGAAUGACGCUUUGAUAUGAAUCCGGUUACGUUGUUUCGAAAUUGAUACUGUCAGCAAACAUAUCAUUCGAUACCUCACGGAACCGCACCGCAGUCACGUUCACGAAUAUCUAUAUAUAUAUAUAUAUAUAUACGGGUCCAAUAACAAAAUGCUGCGAAAUAGUCGAAUUUUAUCGUCGCUGACAUCGUUCGUCGUCGGACGUCGAACGUCAAAUCCGUCAAGUCACCCCCACCCCCCCUCUUUUUUUUUUUGUUCUGUCGCAAUGAAAUCUGUCGCAUCUCUCAGCUUUAUGUCGUUUAUAUCACUGCCACUUUUCUAUCUCUUUUCGAGUUGAAAAAUUCUCGCAAACUAUAAAUUUUUCUUUUUCAAUGUAAGUGUAUGUCGUCAAAGAAAAUCCUCGUACUUAUAUUUCAAAACAAUAAAUCAAAAAAUAUUUUAUUUAA